GAUACGAGAACCUGCAAAAUAACGUGGUGAUAACAAUUACUGGCCGCUAAAAGAUACUCACAUCAGCCAUUCACAACAAUAUCUUGCUUUUUUAAUCAUUGUAACUGGCUGAGCAGGCCAUUUGUGGUCCAUUAAUGAGCAUCUGACCGGCAACCUGCUACCAUCAUUUGUUUUCUCGAUCCUUUAAAACGAUGAAAAGCUAUCUUCCUCUCGAAUUGUGGAUGUUACUUGCUGAUCAGCGAUUACCAAAGACGACUCUGACUACCUUAUGUCUUACAUCCAAGACACUCAAUGAAAUCUUCAGACCUGCGCUUUACCGGGAGAUUGUUUUACCAGAAUUUACAGAUGGAGAUGAACUUCAGUGGAAUAAUCGACAAUUAGGGGCCAUCUCCCAACUUCCUGUUGAGACCCAUCUCCGUCACACACGUCGAUUAGACCCUGAUUUUGUUGGAGCGGCUAUCCAGGCUUGCCUUUCCAGGUGUUUAGACAACAUGCCAAAUCUCGAAAGCUGUUCCAUUACCACGGUUCCUGGCUUCGCAGCUCAUUUCCAUCUCGAUAACAUCAGGGAUAUCUGUCUCGAUCUAUCGAAGAAUGCAACCCGUUUUCGGAGCCUUUAUCAGCCGCCAGAACUUCCAAAUUUCAGAAACCUGCAUAGCCUAGAUUUGAGGAGCCUGAAGGGUGACAUGGACGUUCUGGGCACGAGCAUUGCCGGCAUUCUUUUUAACGAUGGUAUACCUACUGUUACGGCACUAGGUCUCGAUCUAGAAGACCUCACGGGAAGCGAAACCACAAACAAUUUAUUCUUGGAUAUUUUCGCAGAAUUCGACAUUCUGAGACGAGCGAUUGGAAAGCCAGAUCUACGAUUGAACUUGCGAGAUCUCAUAUUGGGAAAAGGGAUGUACCAUCAGUCCCCUUUCAUGGACCUUCGUACAUUACGACUAUUGAACGACCCAUGUAUUGAAGAAAAUUACUGGGAGCCAUAUGAAACUAUACAACUGGAGUUAUUUGAUGGCAUUACUGCUCUCCAGAGAGUUUCUGUAGAAUUUGUCAGUCAAGAAGUCGUAAAAUUACUUCAUCACUUAAUUACGAUGAAAGAUUCAUGGAAUAAAACGACCCUGCGAGAGCUUCAAGCAACUCUCGACAGUACAAUUCAAUCGCGAGCACCUGGCUCUUCAAGCCUCGGUGAAGUCUUGACUCUGAUUAUGCACUUCAAGUGGCGUCAAUUAUUGAUUUCAGGUGAAGAAAGUUGUAUGAACCAGAUCUACGAGGCUUCUUGGGAUGAGCCUUCAUAUCAGUGGGAGGAGCUGGGAAUUAUGUGGAUUAACUGGGAUCAACAUCGCGAUACACUUCUCCAGCUCUCAAAGCUUCGUAUUCUGAUGUUCUCUUGCGCCACAGUAACUAUUAGUGGUAAGCGCUCACAAGUUACAACGUGUAAAGAGGAUACAUUUAGUCUCGCUAAGAGGAUCUUUACUACGUUCCAAGAACAUGCGAAGAAUCAGAGAAGGGAUUCAAACCUAAGAUAUGUUGGCAUUGAUAAAUGGGUCUUCACUUCUUUGUGGUUACCCUUUUCAGAACUCAAUAAUGGGCGCACUAGAGCUGAGAUCGUGCAGCUGGAUAAGGAAGAAGCCAGAACAUUUGAUUUUAUGCGAAUGAAUGAAGAAUUGGUGAUUGGGAAGUAUAGGUUGGGAAGAAGGUAGUAACAUGGAUAUUAUUGUAUGUGAAGAAGGAAGGCGGUUUUGUCUGAAAUGCUCCAGAUAAAUUA